CUACAUUCUACGCAAUGUUUAAAACCAACUCGCGUGAUUUUUACACAAUACUCACAAAAAUAAUAUAAAAAAUAUAGUAAAACAAUAGUAAUAAGAUGUUAUCCAAUGGUGCUGGGAAUAGAGAUAACUUAGAAGUUAGAAAUAAUGAAAAUCCCGUAAAUGAUAAUUUCAACUUGGUGCUUGGUUUAAUAAAGAUUAUUAUUGUGGCAGUAUGUAUGGUGCCGUUAGCAAAUUAUUCUUUAAGAACACGGACUGGUACCAAUCAGACUGAAACUGACCAAAUUCAACAGCUGACAAUAGAAAAAGCUAACCAAAACUCCAUUGAAGUUUUGACUGAUAAUAUUGAUAAGAAAAACAUAGAGAUUAAUCCAGUUAGAAAAAAGGUAAAACAAGAACCUACAUGUUCCAGAAGUUACAUGGUUGUGAUUUUAGAAGAAAUUUGCGAGGAAUUGGUAGUAAAUAAUAACUAUUGUACUCCUGCAGAUUUUGGUAACAUAAACAAACACAAAAUUCCUAAAAGAAUAAUAAAGAAUAGAUCAAAGAAAGAAGCCAAAGUACCGGCUAUAGUAAACUAUGCGAUGGGCAUCAUCCUCAUGACGUCAGUCGGUGCGGCACUUCUAGAAUUAUACCGAGCCAAACGUAAUCCGGAAAAAAAAGAUGGCAAAAACUCUCUCAGCAGGAAAUGCUCUCUGGCCGACUUAACGGUGAUGAAACAUCAGAGGAAGGAAAUGGUGAGACGAGAGUCGAUUAUGGAAAUUCCCGAGGAAAGCCUCUUCUCCAAACAAUUGGAUCAUAAACCUACUCUUCUAUAUCGUCAAAGCUCAUUCCCAGUAGGUCCGAGUAGUCUCCCACCCAUGGGCACUCCCACGGCUCGAAGAAGACUUUCUAUACAAGCCACUAGGUUCAUUCCAGUCGUUGAUGGUAAACCAGGAGCAGUAAUUAGAAGGCGGACGAAGGCACUCCAUAGUUUCAGAUGGCAGGCAGCCGCUUAUUUUAGAAGCAAAACGAAUUUCUGUAGACGGAAGAGGCAUGAUUUACGAUACGGUUGCGAUGGAAGACUCCCCUGAAAGAAGACAUCAUGGUAGGGGUAGAAUUGUGCACAGACAUUGAAUACAGAGUCUCCAUUUAUCAACAAAGAGUGACGACACAAACGUCAUCUAAGAAUGAUAGUUAUAAUUUUCACCUCAUUUGUUGGUAGAUUGAAAGACUACCCACCACACAAUACACCAAAUCCCAG